CUACCGGGGGUUACAUACGCCAAUUAUAAGAACACUGGAUUAGCCGCCAUCUGCAGUACCAAGCAACAUUCCCACAUCAACCAUGGUCCACAAUAUCCUCCUCACCGGUUCCUCAGGCUACCUUGGGGGUACCCUGCUGGCGCACUUCAACAGGGCAGAUUUACCUCCGUACGGCAAGCUUUAUGCUCUUGUUCGCUCUGAAAAGCAAGCCCGAUGCGUGCAAGAAUACGGCGCAGAGCCUUUGUUCUGCGAUGUUGACGACCAUGUUCAAUUCACAGCCGCGAUUGUUGACAGAGAAAUUUCUGUCAUAUAUUUCCUUAUCGACGCAUACAAUCAGACACGUCAGGAAAUGAUGAUUAGGGCCCUUGGAAAGGUUAAAGAACGCACGGGAAAAACUGUGCACUUCGUACAUACCACCGGCGCCAAACAAUUCAGUCGUCAUGGCGGUGUUCAAGAUGACAGACCUUUACUUGACACCGACCCGACGCUCUACGACAUACAAAAAAGCGCUGCCCCGCCGUAUAAGUGGUUUGCCCAGGGUCUUAGGACAAAUGCCGUAGUUAUUGACACCGCAGAGGAGAACGGAGUGCGAGCUUAUAUACUUGCUCCCUGCAUAGUAUAUGGAGAGGGGGAGGGGUUUGGCAAGCGCAUUUCUAUUCAGGACGUUGCAGUGGUGAAAGCUGCGAAGAAGACUGGUCGAGUCUAUAAGGUCGAUUCCGAUGAUCCUACCUGGCCUGUUUGCCACGUUAGUGACACUGCUGCCCUCUACUUGCAGAUCCUACGGCAAAUCUUGGUCGGUAACGAUAUCGGAUAUAACAAGAACGGGUUUUUCCUUGCUGCCUCUGGAAGUAUAGCCUGGAAGGACAUAUAUGAGGCCUUUGCUAAAGCUCUCGCAACACGUGGUGUGGUUGAUGAUAGUACGGUAGAACUGGCAGACGAAACAGCCUUAAAGAAAAUGGGUGAAGCACUAGGGGUGGACCCAUCUAUUGUGCUUUUUUCAGUGGGCGGGAAGUGUACCUUUACUGCAGUCCAUGGCAAGCAGAUCGGCUGGCAACCGCAGUACCCACCCGAGCAUAUACUCGAAGUGGCUGAUAUCGAGACUGAACUGAUUCUGAAGAGUUUGGAGCCUAAUGUUUGA